AUGGCUAUGCUGUGCAUAAGCCCCAGGGGUCGCUGCCAUUGGGAGCAUAUUCCUGGAACUCUGGGUCUUAAAUAUCCAGUUGCCCCUGGAAGGGCUGUCAUUCCCAUCAAGGAGAAGAUGAAGGCAGCCGUUAUAUUUCUCUGCAUUCUGACAAUCGCAAAGGCCCUUCCAAAUACUUGUUGCCUGCUAAAUGAUCAAUUCUGGAAGCUGGCCAUUCGGUAUCAACUUCUGAAGGAGUUACUCAAGUGUGAUACUUUACUACCUAAACAGGAGUCUAGCUAUGGACGAGAGGAGGAAUUCAGUUUCAAUAAAAUUGGCAGUGAAAGCACAAGUGAUGGAUAUGAUGAGAGCUAUGAUUUCGACAAUGAACCCAUGCAAGGAGAUGACCCUGAUAGCAGCGAUGAGACUAAUGGCUCCGACAGCAGUCAGCAGGCCGGAAAUGAAGGUGCCGAAUCAGAAAGUGAGAACGCUAGCAAUAGCGAGGGACACCUUUCAAGCAAUUCUGAUGAGUCGAAUGGUGGGGGUGAUGAUGAUGGCGAUGGCGAUGAUGACAGCGACAGUAAAUCAGAUGGCGGAGAUAGUAACGGCAAGUCAGAUGUCAAUGGUGGCAGUGACGACAGCGACAGUAAAUCAGACAGCAGUAAUAGCAGCGACAGCAGCGACAGCAAUGAUAGCAGUGAAAGCAAAUCAGACAGUAGCAACAGCAGUGAUAGCAGUGACAGCAGUGAUAGCAGUGACAGCUGUGAUAGCAGUGACAGCAGUGACAGCAAAUCAGACAGUAGCAACAGCAGCAAUAGCAGUGACAGCAGUGACAGUAGUGAUAGUAGUGACAGCAAAUCCGACAGCAGUGAUAGCAGUGACAGCAGUGACAGCAGCAACAGCAAAUCUGACAGUAGCGACAGUAGCGACAGCAGCAGUAAUAGCAGUGACAGCAAAUCUGACAGCAGUGACAGUAGUGACAGCAGCGAUAGCAGUGACAGCAAAUCCAACAGUAGCAACAGCAGUGAUAGUGACAGCAAAUCAGACAGUAGUGACAGCGAUAGCAGUGACAGUAGUGAUAGUAGCGACAGCAAAUCUGACAGCAGUGAUAGCAGUGACAGUAGUGAUAGUAGCGACAGCAAAUCUGACAGCAGUGAUAGCAGUGACAGUAGUGAUAGUAGCCACAGCAAAUCUGACAGCAGUGACAGCAGUGAUAGUAACAAAAGCAAAUCUGACAGCAGUGACAGCUGUGAGAGUAGCGAAAGCAAAUCUGACAGCAAUGAUAGCAGUGACAGCAGCGAUAGUAGCGAAAGCAAAUCCGACAGCAGUGAUAGCAGUGACAGCAGCGAUAGUAGUGACAGCAAAUCUGACAGCAGUGAUAGUAGCGACAGCAGUGAUAGUAGUGACAGCAAAUCCGACAGCAGUGAUAGCAGUGACAGCAGUAAUAAUAGUGACAGCAAAUCCGACAGCAGUGAUAGCAGUGACAGUAGUGAUAGUAGCGACAGCAAAUCUGACAGCGACAGCAAAUCCGACAGCAGUGACAGCAGCGACAGCCGCAACAGCAAAUCUGAUAGCAGUGACAGCAGUGACAGCAGUGAUAACAACGACAGCAAAUCUGAUGGCAACGAUAGCAGUGACAGCAGCGACAGCAAAUCUGACAGCAGCAACAGCAGCGAUAAUACAUCGGAUAGCAGCGACAGUAGCGAGAGUAAGUCAAACAGCAGUGACAACACCUCUGAGAACACCAAUGAGAGUGAUGGGGAUAAGUCCAGCAGUUCUACCAGUAAUGGAAGUGACAGUGAAUUGGAAGAGCAGAACGACAAUAGCAAUGCUAAGGUGGUGGAUGAUGACAGCGACAGUGCAAGUGACAGUAACAAUUCCACAAGCGAUGAUUAA